AGCAUAAGUAGGGGAGGUUGUGUGUUGAGAGUGAGUAGAAAGCAGAGGACGAAGCAGAGUGAGAACUUAAAAACUUGGUCCAAAGCUUCGACACACUGCCAAUUUUUAACCCUAAAGGGCUAAAAUCAGUUUUCUCUCAACGGAUCCUGCUCAUCAUCUGCCAUGGCUGUGGAAGGCGGAAUGAAAUGUGUCAAAUAUAUACUUUUCGGCUUCAACUUCAUUUCGUUGUUAUGUGGACUUGCAUUGAUUGUCGUGGGAGUCGUUGUGCAGGUUUCUAUGCAUAAAACCUUUCGGAUCAUGGACGUCGAUGCCUCUGCGGGCCCCAUUAUCCUCAUCGUGGUGGGUCUUUUGACUUUCUUCGUCUCAUUCUUCGGCUGCUGUGGAGCCUGGAAAGAGAACCACUGCAUGGUCGCCACGUUUUCCUUCUUUCUCUCGGUGGUCGUCGCUGCUGAGAUUGCUGCAAUCGUGCUUGGAUACAUGUACAGAGACAAGGUCAAAAACAUUAUAGAGAGCAAUCUCUCUGAUAUGGUCGUGAACUACAAGGUGGGCUCAGCAGAACUCAGAGAAACUUUGGAUAAAUUCCAGGAGACUUGGAAGUGCUGUGGCGUGCAGAACUCCAGCGAUUGGAGGAAUUAUGGCAGUGAUGGAAAUACGGUGCCUGACUCAUGCUGCGUAGAGGUCAAACCAGGCUGUGGAAACGGAACCAUGACAGAUGCCACCAAAGUGCACCAGGAGGGUUGCCGUGACGUCAUGGUGACGUUCCUAAAGAGAGACGCUCAUUGGGUGAUAAUUGCAGCUAUCAUUGUUGCUGUCCUCCAGAUUCUGGGCAUCGUGUUUGCUUGCUUGUUGAUGAGAGGCAUCCGCGGCGGCUAUGAAGUCAUGUGAUUGGCAUGUAAAUAAAUGCUGGGUGGUCAGGCCCUACUUAUUAGGAGCUUCAUUUCAAAACAGUUAAUAUUCAUGUUAAAGUUCCCGUUUUAAUUACAAGAUUUUAAGUUUCUCCUUUAUAGCAAAAUUGAGGUUUUUAGUUUCAUGUUGGAUCAUUAUUCCUGCUUUUAUACUGUAAAUAUAAACACUCAGAGGAAAACUGAUGAUUGUCUUGGGGUCACGACAAAGCCUGGAGGUUUUUAAAGCGUUCUCUUUGGAGAGUAUUUUUGAGUUAAGUUUUUAUGUUAUGGUUUCAUUUGUAAUAAAGUCUCCUGAAAUUACAUGGGUUUUCAAUAAAGACAAUUAAGGAAUAAAAGCAGCAUCAAGAUAUUUAUUGCAAAAAAAGAAAAAGCAUAAUGCAAUACUGGCACAAAAACACAACACUCAAAACAUGAGUAAAUAAUGAAUAAUUACAAAAAGAUUAAUGUUCCAGAUGCAGAGUGCCAAAACUUACAAAAGGCACAGGAAGUAUAAUGAUGGACUUUACAACUGCAGUUAUGUUGUACUCCUUUGUACUUUCAAUCCUAGGUAUUUGAAAAGAUUGGAUGAAACUUUGUGCUAAAAUACAUGAAUUUAAAUCUCCACAUGAACAAAAUGAUGGAUAUAAAACGGAAACAGUAAAGUGCAAUCACAACUUGACAGUCUACACCUGGGUUUCAUCCCCCAAUUUCUGUAUUUUAUCUAAAAAUAAAAGCUAAUUUUAGUCUUUUGAACACCUUUUUCAUGACCAGAAAGUUGGAAAAUAAAAAUAAAGCAUAAAAUGAGGCAACAGCAAGAGAAAAUACAGCAUGUUUGAUGACGUGUCCAUAAAUUCUGAAUAAAGUUCUCUUUACAUUUAUUA